UGAAAAGAACAAAAAGUUUGCAUACGCAGGACAUAGCUGGAAGUCCAGUUUUUUUUUUGCAGGCAUAUGGACAGUAGGAUGCACUGUGUUGCGUUUCUUGUAGUCUUCACGGUUUCUGUGGUCGAAAGUGGUUCCUUUAACUGUACAAGCAGUGCAACACUACAUUAGGUGCACAAAAUGUUCCGGAGACUGAGGGGAGAGGGGCGAGGCCAGGGUCACAGCAUCCACUGAUGAAGGCUGGCUUUCGCCUUGCAGUCGUCUUAGGCGAAAGUGUUGUUCUCCGAAAUGCCGUCCUAAUGAAGACCCAGUCAAAGGACGACCUCGGCGAGACAGAUUUUGCAGGCCUUGGUACACACCUCAUGAGGUGUGGAGCAAGCUCCGGAUGUGCAUUUGCAAACGUGGCUACGUGCGCAAUUCAUGGGAUGAAUGCGUUCCCAGGAAAGACUGUAGACGCUGCCGGUGCCGCCAGCAGAAGGAGUGGCACCUGUGCUCGUCACCCUGCCCAGUAACUUGCACUAAAGCAAUAGAAAGGUGCACGAAACCGUGUUCACCGGGUUGCGACUGCCCUCCAGGAUGGGUGCUACAUCCAAAAGACUGGAGAAAAUGCGUCAAGGCCGCCAUGUGUCUUCCGCAGUGUCCACCGAACUCGACGUUUCAUGCCUGCUUUUCGAGUUGUGAGCCCAAGUGCGGCAAAAAACUGCGCGAGUGCAUCACUCAGUGUCACAGGGGCAGCUGCGUAUGCGAUAAAGGCUUUACCGCAUACGUUAAGGACGGAAAGCAGUCAUGUCUUCGCAACGACCAAUGCUCUCAGCACCUUAACGAGAGGCCGCUAUUUGUGCUAAAUGAAACUGGAGCAAACCCUCCCAUAACUAAUACUACCACUGUUCGUCCACAGUCCACACUUUCACUUACAAAUGCGGAAACACGUAGGCUAAGCAGGCCCACAGGUGCAGCUGCUACAAUGAUUACUGGUAGCACAGGACUUAGCGGGGUCAAUGUCGCAACAAGUGCUGUAGGUGUGCACCCGCAUACUACAGGGGCAACCAUUUUGUCAGGUGCCACAGUGAACGCAGGCAGCACAUCUGAACUGCAUAGCACAAUACGCGGUGUAAUGCAUCCAACGGCAGGUAGUUUGCCCGUUUCCGCAGAAAUUAGCGCGAACGCAUCUGGCAACCGAGGCGGUUUCGAAGAACGUCCAGCGACAGCAGUGUCGUCCGGCGAUGUACCCCCUGCUACUGCUCCUAUUGCAGCUACUGCUGCUGCUACAGCUGCUACUGCUGCUGCUACUGCUGCCGCUACUGCUACUUCUGCUGCUGCUACUGAUGCUACUGCUGUACCCACAGGCCCUACAAUCUAACCUUCAACCACUGUAACUAGCGCACCAAUUGCUAGAAACCCUACAGGAUGUGCAGUAUCUGGAGACAAUGCCAGAAGAGGCACAGCCGUUCAAGUUACAAAUAUUACAGCAGGAGGAGAGAACACGACUGGCACUGGCGUACGCAGCAAAGAUGGAGGCUCGUCAAAUAUAGCGGGGCAUAGGGGAAUAGCAAGCGGUGUGUCAUCCGACGGUUUAUUCACUUCUGGUGUUACAGGUCAUCGUGGCCUUGGUGUACCUACAGGCAAUACAACCUCGGCCAAUUCCGCAGCGUAUUCAGGAGGUAAUUUGGCAGCAUCUUCACCAGCUGUGCCCUUACAAGGUCACCAUGAAAAUAGAGGGUGAAUUUAUGAAAAACACGUUGAUUUCUCUCCAUCUACUGGUCAAGUCAGUUGCAGCAACAAUUUCACAAUAGAAGGAGGCAUUUCGUGCUGUCUUAUUGGCUCUGCAGAUGAAGAGGCCAUCUCAGGAAGGCUUCCACCUUCAGCGAGCGUAAAUACAACAAGAAUGGAUAGAGGAGGUUGCACCUCAGGUACUGUGCUUGAAACUCGUGUAGCAGGUGCGUACCAUACAAAUAGGUCAUGAAAAAAGUGAAUACAAUGUGCUUUGAACGCUAUAACUUGUUCGCCUUCGUUUUUAAUAAAGAAAUAAAGCAUAUCUCAUGCUGCAAAUUCCU